UCCCAGCCCGAAGCACCCCGCCGCGGCGUGGCUCACCUCGGCUCCUGGAGCGACCCGAAAAGACCGAUUUCAUCGGAUGCCUCCCCUUCUGGAGCCUGCGGUGCCAGCAGCAAAAGAAGACGAUGGUGGCGAUGGUGCCCAGCAGAAGCAACAAGAGGAAGAGGGCGCAUUGGAUGCUGUAGGGUCUCAGCAAGACGAGGAAAGCCGCGGCGAUCAUGGAAAAGCGUUAAUUUGGGGGCUACAUCCAGAAUAGCAUCAUCUACAUGAGUAUUCCCUCUUCCUACAAUUUCAGAAAAUCUUUGAUAACUACUUGAGAAAAUGCAGAAGAUCUUGCAAACAGAUGACAUUACCAAUACCCAAGCUCUUAGGAAAGGAAAGAGGAAAAGGACAGAGACAAUGGACUCAGAGAAUGCAAAUAGUGACAUGGAUAAAGGACAGGUCUCACUGAUGUCCUCCACUCUUUUCUCAAGUCCAAGAGACCCAUUUUCAGGAAAUGCCUUUCUGCCUGGUGAGAGCUCCAGUGAGGAUGAAGAGCCUUUAGCAGACUUGUCAAAGGAGGAAUUGUGCACGAAAAUAAAAAGCCUGAAACAAAAAUUAACAAACACCCGGAAAGAAAACAGCCGACUUCGACAGUCUUUGGUCAUGCUUCAAGUGUUACCACAGGCGGUCACGCAGUUUGAAGAAUUAGUUGGAAUGGCAGAGGCCCUGCUUAAGGGUGGAGGAACCAUGUCCACAUCUGCAUCCACCCUCUGGAGGGCAACAAACAACUCCUCACCAGACUCAUUUGCCUCAACGUGCAGUAAUUCUAACUCUAAUUCCAGUUCACCUAUUUCCUUGAAAGCUGAAGAAGAGCAUCAUACUGAUGAAAAACAGUUCAAGAUUGAAAAAUGGCAGAUUUCCCGUUGUAACAAGAGCAAGCCUCAGAAGUUUAUUAAUGAUUUAAUGCAAGUACUUUACACAAAUGAAUACAUGGCCACACACAGCCUGACAGGAGCAAAGUCCUCUACUUCGAGGGACAAAGCCGUAAAACCAGCUAUGAAUCAGAAUGAAGUUCAAGAAAUUAUAGGAGUCACAAAACAGUUAUUUCCCAACACAGAUGAUGUUUCAAUUAGGAGAAUGAUAGGGCAAAAGCUAAACAACUGUACCAAGAAGCCAAAUUUAAGCAAAAAUCUGAACUCUCAGGAUAUUAAGUAGAUCCCUUUGGUGUUGUAGGUAUCUGAAAUAAAACACUUCAGUUCUGAAUUUGACAUUGGAUUUUGUUGGAGACUCUGCAGUGAGCACAGACACACAUAGUGACAAGCUGUGAGACAUCCGUAAUAACGCUGACUCUUGAUGGAGCAACAAGCUUGCUGAAGAAGCUGCAUGUAGAUUCCAGCUUAAAUAUCAGUGAUGCAUCAAACCGGAGAAUUUCUAACAGUCAAAUAAGCAUGCAAUAUGCUUUCUUAGAAAUAUGCAUUUUCCUGUCCCCAAAUGCUUCUCUGUACAGCUAACUUAACACAAUAGAGCUUUUAUCAUAGCAACAAAAACUUCAGCUCCUAAGAUUUGUCAUUGUCCUGGAUCAAUCACUGUACAUUUAUUAUCACCAAUGACUCCCCAUUUUAGUUUUUGGAUCUUCAGCAUAAACACAUAUUUGGGAAAGUAAGUAGUGAAAUAAUCAAUGUUCAUGAAUGUGAGGGCGGCAAAAUUGGCCUAAAAUCUGAUAAUCAUACCUAACCAAGUAAUGGUGUCUUCACAAUGAAAUUACAGAAUUAUUCUGUUACCUAAAAAUAAUCCAAAAGAAGUGAAAGCAGAAUGACCUGUUUAUUUUUUUUUUGACCUGUUUAUUUUAAUGUGAAGCUAUUCCACUGCACUCUUGCAAAAGAAAUAAACCCAAGGUUUUGUGAGUGUUAAAACAGUGCAUCAUCGAUUUGAAAAUUUUUUCUGUGUGUUUACAUGCUUUUAACUUUUUAUUGCCUAAUGUAUAAUUUUAUACAUUAAAUAUAUAUGUGUAACAUAAAACAUAAAUGUCAUCUAAAAUAUCCUAUGUAAGAUAUAACAUCCUCUGUAUUUGGUUAGUUUUAUUGCUAUACUGCUUAGUUUUAACUGGUUUGAUUUCAUAAUAUCAGAAGAAAAAAGUAUUGAAAACAAAAUCACAUGGGUUGGAUAAUCACACAAAAAGAAAAAUACCAUUUUGUAAAAAAAAAGAAAAAGAAAAAAACAUUUUGUGAAUGAAUGAAAGAUAAAGCAUUCUUCAUCAAGAGACUUCUCCUUUGAUGUCAGCUUGCCACACAUGACAACUUUGCAAUAACAAGCCAUGCUUCUUCAGUGUACAGGUUAUGUUUAAACUUGGGAAAGAGGUCGCAUAUAAUAGUUGGAAAGUUCAGAACUGCAGACCCAGAGAACAUUCCAUAAUGCUGCUCAAUAACAAUGUGGUCAUACAAAAUAAAUACGAUUAAGGAAAUAACUUCUGUUAACAUUUGCUACUUUUACUUAAAUAUAAAUAAAUCCCAUUGAAAACAUAA